UGGCCGGAGCACAACGCUCCUGCUGCUGACUUUUCCACUUCCAUCGCACAGUCUUCUGGUCGGACCGGACACGGUCUCGCCCUCGACUCGCUGAGACACUACGAUUUUACCCGGUGAUCGCGAACAAUUCGCACGAGUUUCUCGACGAAAUAACGCGUGUAACGUCGCACGGCAGAGAAGCAAUCGCGAGGUGCAGGUGUGACAGAGAAUAACAAACAAUUUUUUGGUGCGCGUCUCGAUGUGAGGACGGUGCUUUCAUGAGGGAUUAACGAAGAAACGACGGAGCCGAGAGACAGUAGCUACAACAUGCGGGAGAAAAGGUGGCUUCUGCUCGCUCUGUACGGAAUCCUCUUGGCCCACGCGUUCGCGGCCGAGCGCAAGCCGAACAGGCCGAAAUUCAAGAUCGCCACGACGUCGACUACGACUACGACGACUACCACGACCGAGGGGAGCCGCGGUCAGGAAAACGAGAACGAAGAUGCCGAGGCGACGACUACUGCGACGGCUAAUACCGCAGAGGCGAACGCGACUACCGGGCACGUCCUUACGGGCAUCCCGCAGAUCGACUACAUCUGGGACCCGAAUCUGCCGCGCGAAUUGAACGGGUACAAUCUGAGCGAUUACCCGUUCUACAAUAGCAUACCGGAGGACAUAGACUUCAAGUGCGACGGGUUGCACGACGGAUUCUACGCCAGCGUGCCUCACAAAUGUCAGGUGUAUCAUCAUUGCCUCUACGGUACACGAUACGACUUCCUCUGCGCGAACUUCACAGCCUUCGACCAGAAGACUUUCAUCUGUCAUUUCGUCUCCGAAGUGGACUGCACCAAUUCGAAGAAGUAUUGGCACAGAAACGAUGCCCUAUAUAAAGCGACGACUACGUCCACGACGUCGACGUCGACGACGACCACUAUCGCUCCGGUGACGACCGCUGCCGGACGUCAAUCACCGAGGGACAGAGACCCGCCGCCGCGGAGGAGGAGACCGUUCAGAAGACGCCCGGCGUACGAUUACUACGACGAAGAGUAUUACGACGACGAUUACAGUCGGCCACGCGGAUAUGGAAGGGACGAUUAUGAUUACGACUACGAAGAUCGAAAGUACCGGAGGGACAGAGAUCGUGAGUUCAGGGACCGCGAUCGUGACUUCCGAGAAAGGGAUGCCCCGAGGCCUAGAGAGGGAGCACCGAGAGACGAGAGAGAUCGAGACACCAGUGUCAGGGAUCGAUUUCCUAGUAGGAGCAAUAGGAGAGAUCCUGCGAGGCCUAGAAAUCCUCUAGAAGAGGACACUCGAGUGCGAGCCAGAGAUCCCGAAGGAGCGAGAACCGUGUCUAGAGAAGUGGAGGAUACGGAAUUAGACGACCGAAGGAUCAGAGACCCCGAGGACCGUCGGCACUCCGAUAAAAGAUACAGGGAUGAGUAUGAGGACAAGGAAGCUGCCGCUGUACCAGUAGGUGCGGCAACGAGUGGAGACGUUUUGGUGAAACCGUCGGCACCUGUGACUUCCCUGUACGCGAGGCCGAGAGCUCCGCCUAAAAUUCGGAGACCCGUGCCGCUUUCCGAGCAAGAUAAAUACGCUUACAAAAAUACUAACAUUCAAUCUACUGAGGAACCUCGCAGAAGGCCCAUGGACGCAGAAGAUGACUAUUACGAGGAAGAAAUGGAGGAUCCAAGACCGAUCCGACGACCGCUGAGAAGGAGACCAUCUUACAGGGACAGAGACAGAGACGACUUUUACGACUUUGCGGAAAGGGACAGGGUCCGACCCCUCAGACCUCGAUAUCGAGACGACGAGGACGAUCCGCGACCGAGGAAGCACGAUCGCCCAAGAGAUCGUUUUUACGACAGAGAUCGGGGAAGGGAUCGAGCCCUCGAUCGCGGCAAGGAUCGCGCGAGGAUGCAGGACGAUAAAGAAAGACCGUAUCGGCCGUCCGACAGGGAAAUCGAUCGUCCUAGAACCGGUUCGAGAUCUAAAGAUCUCCCAGACGCUACCGAUUUACCACCCAGACGGGGCAAUAAUUAUGAAAGGACUAGCACAACAUCAACUACCACCACGUGCACGCCCGAGCAACUCGUUCACAAGGAAUCGAGUACGAAGGAACCCGAGAGGUCAGUCCUUACGGAAAAGCCGAAAUCAGUUCAGACUCCGACGACACAGACGCCAGUCGAAGACACGGAGUAUCGACCACGUCAACAGGAUUAUCAGGAGAAGGACGAGGACGAGAGACAACAGGCUCAUUACGAGACUGCUUCCGAGGAAUAUUCGCAGGAUUACUACGACGAGCCUGAAGACCCACCCGCCCCACCGCCUCGAACCACAGUUCGCAUCGUUAAACGACCCUUCUUGCCUUCCAGGGGUGGCAAUCCCAAUCCAAGGGGUCUGUCACCGGUCGGCGUAAAAGCGACCACCCCUAAGAGGGAGGAGGAUAAAGCAACGGACAGACCAUCUGUCCAAGAGAGGUCCAAAGGUUAUUACGUGCACGAGGAGCAGGAAACGAGCCGCGAAUCUAAUCAGGAAUCCAAAGUAGAGGAGAAGGAGAACUACGAUCCAUACAAAACUGUGCAAGUCGAAAAUGAGCGCAGGCCAGAGGAAUACGACACGUCCUUAGUCAGACCUGCGAUUCGAAGACCUACCGACAGACAACGCGAAGAGGCACAGAAACCCGCGCUCGACGAUUUUAUCAGGGAAUCGAAGCAAGACGAUAGACAGAAUUACGACGAGGGAUUAGGCAAAUGGCUCACGGACGAUUACUCGAAUCCUGCACAGAACAGUGACAGAAACGUGCAGAAUUCAGGUUCUACGCGAAACACGAAGGGAAGACUGACGGUGAACGAGAAUCCAAACACUUAUGGGACCACGGGAUUUAAGAACGAGGAGACUCAGGAGCACCCGACGGGUCCUCAGAGUUUCAGGGUGAAACAAAGGCUGAACGAGGUGACUCAUCCUCUGCAGGAUAUCCCGGAGAGCGAAUACGACGUCACUCUGAACGACGCGUUAACGCCCACGUUGAAUCAGGAGACUAAUUUGCCGAGUGGAUUCGUUCUACCUCUCCACAGACAAAUUGGCAGGGACGCGGUUUUGCAAUCGUCUGAGAAUAAUUACAAAGUCUCGAGACCUGUGAGUAAUCAGCAGCAGCAACAGCAAAAGCCGUUCGUGCCCAGUCCGCAAUUUUUGCCGACCGUGAACAACAACGACAGAUUGAGAACCGUGUAUUACAGAACGCCCGAGGCGAUUCAGAUAAGCGGGGCACAGUACAGGCCGCAGAGAGGACCGUGGCACGAUUAUACCGGCUAUUGAAUUAAAUUCUAAGUAAUAUUAAAAAGCUUUCAAACUUCCUCCGUAAGCUGUGCAAAAACAAGUGAGGUACACUCGGUAACAUCUAAUCGUACUUGAAGGAAACGCUUAAAAUCGAUGAGAGUUUCUUUUGGGAUAAAUGAAUUUAUCGGACCUUCGAUCGCGUGGUCAAACUUUUCGAUGUCUUUCAUACGAGGAGACAGGAAGAUAGUUUUCGUUCAUUAGAUAUUUGAAAGUAGAAAACUAAUCAAACGCAACGAUAAAAAUAUUCUACUAUGGAUAAUCUACUUUCUACUUUCGGCUCGACUUGUAAAUAGGCGCACGAUUAUUGUCAUUCCUAACAAUUAAAUUAUUACCCCAAGCGUGAUAAGCGUGUAAAACAAUUUUCCACGAAAGCAUAUUCGUCGUCUCGAUCGUUUAUUUUCUUCUUCGUAGCGAGUAAGUUUUCUCGAAUACGCAUUUUACCUCUAACGCAUUGUAAAUUAUACCAACCUUGACGUACGAUAUUAAAAAAUGAAAAAGUA